AGCUCGGCCUCCCUUGCCCCCGCCUAUAUAAAGACACCAGAGUCCUCCCGAGCUCACCAGCCUCUUCCACGCCGUCGACUAGACCUUCCUGACCAGUCAAACGAGCUGGAGGAGCUCUCGGUGGCCAUCAUUGCCGCCAUGGCCGCCGCGGCUUUCCUCCUAAAUUGGAGCGAGCCGAGCCCUCUCCCUCGACUCUAGGACCACCAUAUCCCUACACCACACCCCUAGAGCCUCCCCGACGCCCAGCCCCUCCUCUCCGUGGCUCCUCCGUCCUCCCCAAGGUCGCUCGAGCCCCGCCAUUGCCGCCGUCCGCCCCGACCUAGAUCACGCGCUCCCCUGACUUCCCCACCCUCCGUAUGCCGCCUGGAUGGACGCGCCGUUCCUCCCCGAGCACCCCGGUGGCCGGAGCGCCUCGAACGGUGGCCUGUGCCGCCCGGGCACCUCGCCGGAGCAUGCGGCCUCCUCUGUUCUGGAGCCGGCGUCGGGAGGAAGAAGGGAAGGAGCGAGGAGGGGAGAGAGAGAGAUCCGGUGGGCCCCGCUGGCAGUGAGACGGGCGUUGACCCCGUUGCCAGCGUGGAUAAGUGGCGGGUCCCACCUUCCUGCGGGCCCCGCCAGUCAGCCUCACAACCGCCAGCCCCGCGUUGACCUAGCCCCCUCCGAGACAGAACGUUUUCCGGCGAUUCGUUCCGUGGCUUCACCGCACUUCUUCCCGGUGCCUUAUUCAUCCCCAGUUUGCAGGUCAUGCCGGAUUUGAUUGCUUGCUUAUCAUAGUUUCCGUUCAUGCAAGCUAGGAUAAGCGUUCCAGCCAGAGUCCCUGCAAAGUGGAGUUCACCACCAUCGUUGUUGUUCCGCUGCUAGAGUUAUUCCGCUGCUUUGAGUUGUUCUGCUGCUUGCAUAGAGCAACUGAGGAUGGCGUAGUGUCGUCGUACCGAUGUUAUUCAUUGUAAUAUCGGAGACCUUGUAUUCAUAUUCGUGUAAUAAUGGAAAGCUGGUUUGUUCUA